AUGGAUCGAUAUCUACGUAACCGCUGGCAGUCGCCCAGUCGCCCAGUCGCCAAUCGUCCGGGGGAUCUACCAUCGUCUUCGAGAAAGGCGAGAGAUUUUCGAUCCGUCAAGAUCCGAGUCCGGGAACUGCGGGAAGGGGUCAUCAGUAGCAGGAUGCAUCUUUUGAGAUCCAUGGAUAUAAUUUCAAAAAAGGUUCUUGCAGUGCAGCAGCUCGUUUCAAACGGCUUCUUGCACAUGAACAUAGGCGGUGGACAGAUUGGAGAACAUUUUCUAGCUGGAAAAGGUGAGUCCAAACAGUAA